CGGCGGAAGCGGCGGGGAGGGGGAGCCGGACGGGGCCGUGGCGGCCGGCGGCAUGGCCAAGCAGUACGACAUGGUGGAGUGCCCCUUCUGCGACGAGGUCUCCAAGUACGAGAAGCUCGCCAAGAUCGGGCAGGGCACCUUCGGGGAGGUUUUCAAAGCCAAGCACCGCCAGACGGGCAAGAAGGUAGCCCUGAAGAAGGUGCUGAUGGAGAACGAGAAGGAGGGGUUCCCUAUCACGGCUCUGCGAGAGAUUAAAAUCCUCCAGCUGCUCAAGCACGAGAACGUGGUGAACCUCAUAGAAAUCUGCAGGACCAAAGCCUCUCCGUACAACCGCUGCAAGGGCAGUAUCUACCUGGUGUUUGACUUCUGCGAGCACGACCUGGCUGGCCUUCUCAGCAACGCCCACGUCAAGUUCACGCUCUCGGAGAUCAAGAAAGUCAUGCAGAUGCUACUGAACGGACUGUACUACAUCCACAGGAACAAGAUCUUGCAUCGAGACAUGAAAGCCGCCAAUGUCCUGAUCACUCGGGACGGAGUCCUGAAGCUCGCAGACUUCGGGCUGGCUCGAGCUUUCAGCCUGGCUAAGAACAGCCAGCCGAACCGCUACACCAACCGGGUGGUCACCCUGUGGUACCGGCCGCCAGAGCUGCUCCUAGGGGAGCGGGACUACGGGCCCCCCAUCGACCUCUGGGGCGGAGGCUGCAUCAUGGCCGAGAUGUGGACCCGCAGCCCCAUCAUGCAGGGCAACACGGAGCAGCACCAGCUCACCCUCAUUAGCCAGCUCUGUGGAUCCAUCACGCCGGAGGUCUGGCCGAAUGUGGAUAAAUACGAGCUGUUUGAGAAGCUGGAUCUCCCCAAGGGCCAGAAGCGCAAGGUGAAGGAUCGCCUGAAAGCCUACGUCAAGGACCCCUAUGCGCUCGACCUCAUCGACAAGCUGCUGGUGCUGGAUCCCGCCCAACGCAUCGACAGCGACGACGCGCUGAACCACGACUUCUUCUGGUCAGACCCCAUGCCCUCGGACCUCAAAAACAUGCUGUCCACCCACAACCAGUCCAUGUUUGAGUACCUGGCCCCGCCACGCAGGCGGGGUGGGCACAUGCCCCAGCAGCCAGCAAACCAGGGCAGGAACCCCACAGCCACCAAUCAGACCGAAUUUGACAGGGUGUUUUGAGCGGGGUCCCGGCCGGGCUGCUCAGGGAGGUGCAGUGAGCAGGGAUGAGCUGGCGGGGUCUCUCUCUCUCUCUCUCUCUCUGGGCAGGGACUUCCUUCAAGGUGAAGUGCCUGGUGGCUUUAACCGAGCUCUGCUGUCCCCUCUCCUUGCACAGGAGCUCUGCCACUAAGGAGCUGCGGCGUGCAAGCUGUCUGCUUGUGCGUGUGUGUGUGUGUGUGUGUGUGAGUGGGGAGGUGACGUCUGUGAGCCUGGGGUUGUUUCCCUGCAGCUUUGGCACAGAGCCUGUGUCCCCCUGGAGCAACCUGUAUUGGUUAGGUUAAUCUCGUGGAUCAAUUGUUAGGGACCUGGUGAUGGCGAAGGUGGCUGUGUCAGUGCUGGGGCUUGCCGAGGCUCUCAGCAAACAGUCCAGUGAGCAGCAGGACUGGGAGCAGCUGCCCUGGACCAGACUGGGCCCCGCUGGUAGCCGUCUCUGACUCUCAGUUGGUCUUAGCUCCUACACAGCAUGUCCUCUGAACGCUCAGAAGCUGAUGUAGGAUGAGGCAGGUGCCUCUGAGUAAUUUGGACGUGUCUUGGGGAAGGCAUAGUCAUACUGCCUAGAGUGACUAACUCUCACUAGAGUUUUGGGCUACAGCCUAGAAAGGGCCUUAGUGGGCCAACCAGAGGGGUGGCUGACACAGCUGGUUGCUCCAUACAGCCAGGUUUUAUGGUGGGAAUCAUUGGUCUCUGUCACAGUGCUCGGCGUCUGUGCUUUCUUGGUUCCAAGCUGCAAUUAGGAUUCUUGUGGGACACACCUAGCCAGCUGCCUGCUUUUCGCUUAGCACUAACCAUGGUGAGAAUUUGGAUUGGGAAGGGAGCUGGGGGUGCUGCCCUCAGGCAGGCUGGCUCCUGGGGGUGCUUGGAGGCAGCCCCCUGUCCCACUGCUUGCAGAGCUUUCAGCACGGCAGGGCUGUGUUGGAGGAGCCAGGGCCACUCUUACAAACCCUCGUGCAUCCACUCCUCUGUCCUGGAGCUCUGUGGGUGAGUCUGGAGCAGGACCACCGCCGUCCCCAGGCGCAGAGAUGAGGCACACGGUGCCGGUGUGCGUGUGCCUUGCUCUGCUGGAGUUCUUGGGACGGGCUGGUGUGGAGCAGGUGCUCCUUCACAGCCUGCUCAGCACGUCGUCUUCCACGGCUGUCAGCUGCACAUGGCCGUCUUCUCCCGAGCCACAUGGAUCCCAAGACUUUCAAACACGUAACGUGUACGAAACGCGGUGGGCGAUAACCUUUGGCAUUUGAUAGGUUGUCCAUUAACUAGACCAGUGGCAAAAGCCACGUCCGUGGCAUAUUAGCUCGAGGUGGAGGAGGUGGGGAGCGCACCCGUUUCAGAACAGCCGCUGAGGAUGAUAAAGGACGCCUAUAAGGUAAAUCCCUCUUGGUGUGGGGGGCUCCAAAAUCGUGUCUGGUUGCGGGGGGGACUCGUUCCUUGGGGAAAAAAAUGAAGUUGGUUGCGAGCAAUAAGCCAGAUUACUUCUGCCAGUUGUGAAUAAACGUGAUCUUGUUCCGAAACACCUUCCCCCCC